AUGUCUAAUGACAAUCUGGAUGGGCAAAAUGUGACUGCAGAUGAGCUGCUUGGAAAUGUUAAAAAUAUUCAAAUUAGUACAGAGAGUUCAUUUCUCGCUAAAAUAGCAAUUGCACUAGGCAUAGCAGCAACAAUCACUCUAAUAUCUGUAGGCAUCAAGGGUCCCCCCACGAUUGGGUCAUCAAAUGGAUUUCAGUUCCUCCCAGAAAGUGCAACCUCUUCAGUAAUGGCUGCAGCCCCGGUCGGUUUCACUGUCAAAGCUUUUGGGUAUAGCAUUGUUCUUCCAGCAUAUGCACCAGGGUGGAUCUACUUUUGGUUGCUUAUGGCUGCAGCCUGUGGACUUUUCAUUAGUGAAGAGGCUCUAAAUAUUUGGGUUGGCAUAUCUUUGGCUCGAAUGCUGUCUUUGGAUGGAACAUGGCAGUCUUUUGCUGAAUCUUUCUCAAGAAAUGCUCCAUACAUUAUAUCCACAACUCUUUGGGUGUAUUGGGGAGUAUGUAUUAGUGAUCUGAUACCAUUUUAUCUUGGGAAGCUAUUUAGGAAAUCCAGGGCCUCUGAUGAUAUUUUGUCAAAGUUAGGGAUUGGAAAAGAGAAAGCUUUAAGCAUAACCACUGAAGUGCAAAGAUAUGGCAACCUCAUUGGGUUUGUUGAACGAUUUUCCCUUGGAGUCAGAAAUCCAACAGCUUUUGUAGCAGGGGCCUUGGGUAUCUCUCCAGAGUGUUUCUUUGCUGGUGUUUGUUUUGGUGGUUUGAUCACCCUUCCCAUCCAGUUGUUGAUAGGAUUCUUCUUGAGGGAGCGCCCUGUCUUUGCCCUUGCUACUGUUGCAACAGCAGUGGGCAUUUGGACCGUCUUCCCUUAUCUUGUGGCUGCAUCAACAGCAUUGUUCCUUUACCUGAGACGCCAUUACUCUCCAUAG